AGCUCAAAGCGAAACAGAAGAAGCACUCACACAGAGAAAUCCAAACCACACUCGAUCGUCGCCACUCUCUGCUGAUAUCACACCCAGGCUAGCAGCCAUGAUGGCUUCACGAGCCGCCACCGCGCUCCGCACGGCCGCCCUGCAGGGCUACUUCCGGAGGUCGGCCUCCACCGCGGCGGCGCACGCCGAGAGGCCCAAGGCGAAGCCCAUGGGCGACUACGUGCCGGUGUACGUGGCGCUGGGGAUGAUCGGCCUGGCGGGGGCGCUGGGGCUGCACACGGCGCGGCAGCAGCUGGCGCACGCGCCCAACGUCUGGGUCGACAAGCGCAAGCGCGAGGCGGUGCCCGAGGUGGCGGACCCGGACCUCGCCCUCGACGAGGCCGAGCGCUUCGUCGGCGGCUCCGUGUUCCGCAAGGUCGCCCACGUCCAGGACGACCGCUCCCUCACCGCCGGCGUCGCCGACCCCGUCGCCGACUACCCGGCGAGGAAGGCGGUGACGCUCAAGGACGUCGGCGUGGACCCGCCGGGGAUCCCCGAGCAGAGCAGGGAGGGCGUCCUCGACAGGAUCUUCAAGAAGAACACCGCUUAAUUUCGUAGAGGAGGGGCAGUCAGGACGCAUCAGCUUCAUUCCCUUUCUUGCGUUAACUAGCUAGCUUUGCGUUUCAAUAGUCAGAUCGGCUGCACUUUUUCUGGAAGCCGGUCGAUGUUUCGCGAACGUGACACGUGAUGGUGUUGUACAUAUGUAUCCAGUCAUCUCGAGAAGUAUGGUUUGUUCAUGGACAAUAAAACUAUGCUUCUUCUUUAUUUAUUUAUUUGCGCUUAGGUUGUAGAGUGCUACUGUUAUGUGCUGCUGCACUGUCGGCGACUCCAUUUCGCGAACAAUUGAAAAAGGAAAGGAUGAGAGGGUAGCUAGGCACAACCGCCCCAUCCUUGUCAGCGAGCGAAAGAAAAAGAGCAGGGCAGCGAAAAACGGCCAGGGCGGAAAGGGCAGCAGCGAGCGAAAGAAAAAGAGGCGGAAAGGGCAGCAGCGAGCGAAAGAAAAAGAGCAGGGCUCGCAUCCUUUUCGAGAGCUCGCGUCCUUCUCACGAACCCUACCGCCGCCCCGCUACUCCUCCCACCUCAGGCACCUCCCCCUAGCCGCCGCCGCUGCCUCCCACCUCAGUCGCGUCCCCCCUCCCCCCCCAUCUCGUUCGGCCCGGGUGUGGAGGCGAGCUUCCCGAAGUCGGCGCUGGAUUCGAUCUGCAGGAGAGAGGGAGGUGUGGCAGCCGCCGCACACCCGCAUCGCUCCGCGCCCCCUCUUUGCUCCACCAUGCAGCCUCCUUCUUCCCGCCCACCUCCGGCGCAGCUCGUCGUAGUGGGGAGCAAGGUCUUCGUGGCGGGGUGGAGCUGCAGCGGAGGGAAGGAUGCUGGACGGAUCCGGCGCCUGUAGGCUGAAGCAGCAAGAGUUGGUGGAUUUGGCGGAUGCGGACGGGGUCGUUAACGGGGCUGGGGGCUGGGAGUUCGGGGGCGCCACGAGGAAUGGAAGGUUGAGUUCGUUUGAUGGCCGGAGCAGCAGGAGCAACAGGUCAACGGUGGUCAAUGGCUAACCUCUAUCUCCUCUCUCUCUCCGUGGUUGAGAAGAAGGCCAAAUAGAAGAAGAAGAAUUUGGCUCGAAAGUCCUGUCGAGGGUACGAUGAAAUUAGGCAGAAUGGCAAGAUCUGUAGCAUCUACUGUGAACACAAAGCGGAGAAAAGGGAUUGCUUCCUCGUCCGGUAACCCAAUUGUGUUGCUUUCUUUCGUUUUAUUUCUCCAUACAUGCAAAUUAGUUUAUUCUGGAGCUUCUCCAUAAUAAGAGGUACCGUGCAACCUGCUUAUGAUAUCAAAGAAGUAACAUUUGCAUGCAUCCCUCCUGAACUCUACAAUAUUUCAGUUUGAUAUAGGCUGUAGUUAGACUUUCUGCUUCUUGAAAUUGAACUUAUAAAGGAUGAGAGGGGAGCUAGGCACAACCGCACCAUCCACGUGUAUGUGAAUAGUUCGGCGAGGGCGGAAAGGCAGCAGCGAGCGAAAGAAAAAGAGCAUGGCGGCGAAAAACGGCGAGGGCGGAAAGGGCAGCAGCGAGCGAAAGAAAAAGAGCUGGGCAGCAAAAAAGGAACGAGCCAGCUCGCAUCCUUUUCGAGAGCUCGCGUCCUUCUCACGAACCCUACCGCCGCCCCGCUCCUCCUCCUCCCACCUAUGUCGCCUCCCCCUAGCCGCCGCCGCCUCCCACCUCAGUCGCGCCCCCCCCCCUCGCAUCUCGUCCGCCCCGAGUGCGGAGGCAAGCUUCCCAGCGGCGGCGCUGGAUUCGAUCUGCAGGAGAGAGAGGGAGGUGUGGCAGCCGCCGCACACCCGCACCGCUCCGCGCCUCCUCUUUGCUCCACCAUGCAGCCUCCUCCUCCCCGCCCACCUCCGGCGCAGCUCGUCGUAGUGGAGAGCAAGGUCUUCGUGGCGGGGUGGAGCUGCAGCGGAGGGAAGGAUGCUGGACGGAUCCGGCGCCUGCAGGCUGAAGCAGCAGGAGUUGGUGGAUUUGGCGGAUGCUGACGGGGUCGUUGACGGAGGCUGGGAGCUCGGGGGCGCCACGAGGAAUGGAAGGUUGAGUUCGUUCGACGGCCGGAGCAGCAGGAGUAAGGAGCCAACGGUUGUCAAUGGCUAACCUCUAUCUCCUCUCUCUCUCUCUGUGUGUGUGGGGUUGAGAAGAAGGCCAAAUAGAAGAAGAAGAAUUUGGCUCGAAAGUCUUGCCGAGGGUACGGUGAAAUUAGGCAGAAUGGCAAGAUCUGUAGCAUCUACUGUGAACACAAAGCGGAGAAAAGGGGUUGCUUCCUCGUCCGGUAACCCAAUUAUGUUGCUUUCUUUCGUUUUAUUUCUCCAUACAUGCAAAUUAGUUUAUUCUGGAGCUUCUCCAUAAUAAGAGGUACUGUGCAACCUGCUUAUGAUAUCAUAGAAAUAACAUUUGCCUGCAUCCCUCCUGAACUCUACAAUAUUUCAGUUUGAUAUAGGUUGUAGUUAGACUUUCUGCUUCCUGAAAUUGAACUUACAAAGGAUGAGAGGGUAGCUAGGCACAACCGCGCCAUCCACGUGUAGGUGAAUAGUUCGGCGGGGGCGGAAAGGGCAGCAGCGAGUGAAAGAAAAAGAGCAGGGCAGCGAAAAAUGGCGACGGCGGAAAGGGCAGCAGCGAGCGAAAGAAAAAGAGCAGGGCAGCGAAAAAGGAACGAGCCAGCUCGCAUCCUUUUCGAGAGCUCGCAUCCUUCUCACGAACCCUACCGCCGCCCCGCUCCUCCUCCUCCCACCUCAGUCGCCUCCCCCUAGCCGCCGCCGCCGCCGCCUCCCACCUCAGUCGCGUCCCCCCCCUCGCAUCUCGUCCGCCCCGGGUGCGGAGGUGAGCUUCCCGGCGGCGGCACUGGAUUCGAUCUGCAGGAGAGAGGGGGAGGUGUGGCAGCCUCCACACACCCGCACCGCUCCGCGCCCCCUCUUUGCUCCACCAUGCAGCCUCCUCCUCCCCGCCCACCUCCGGUGUAGCUCGUCGUAGUGGAGAGCAAGGUCUUCAUGACGGGGUGGAGCUGCAGCGAAGGGAAGGAUGCUGGACGGAUCCGGCGCCUGCAGGCUGAAGCAGCAGGAGUUGGUGGAUUUGGCGGAUUCUGACGGGGUCAUUGACGGAGGCUGGGAGCUCGGGGGCGCCACGAGGAAUGGAACGUUGAGUUCGUUCGACGGCCGCAGCAGCAGGAGCAAGGAGCCAACGGUGGUCAAUGGCUAACCUCUAUCUCCUCUCUCUCUCUCUCUCUCUCUCUCUGUGGUUGAGAAGAAGGCCAAAUAGAAGAAGAAGAAUUUGGCUCAAAAGUCUUGCCGAGGGUACGGUGAAAUUAGGCAGAAUGGCAAGAUCUGUAGCAUCUACUAUGAACACAAAGCGGAGAAAAGGGAUUGCUUCCUCGUCCGGUAACCCAAUUAUAUUGCUUUCUUUCGUUUUAUUUCUCCAUACAUGCAAAUUAGUUUAUUCUGGAGCUUCUCCAUAAUAAGAGGUACCGUGCAACCUGCUUAUGAUAUCAUAGAAGUAACAUUUGCCUUCAUCCCUCCUGAACUCGACAAUAUUUCAGUUUGAUAUAGGCUGUAGUUAGACUUUCUGCUUCUUGAAAUUGAACUUAUAAAGGAUGAGAGGGUAGCUGGGCACAACCGCGCCAUCCACGUGUAUGUGAAUAGUUCGGCAAGGGCGGAAAGGGCAGCAGCGAGCGAAAGAAAAAGAGCAGGGCAGUGAAAAACGGCGAGGGCGGAAAGGGCAGCAGCGAGCGAAAGAAAAAGAGCAGGGCAUCGAAAAAGGAAUGAGCCAGCUCGCAUCCUUUUCGAGAGCCCGCGUCCUUCCCACGAACCCUACCGCUGCCCCGCUCCUCCUCCUCCCACCUCAGUCGCCUCCCCCUAGACGCCGCCGCCUCCUCCCACCUCAGUCGCGUACCCCCCCCCCCCCGCGCGCACAUCUCGUCCGCCCCGGGUGCUGACGCGAGCUUCCCGGCGACGGCGGCGGCGCUGGAUUCGAUCUGCAGGAGAAAGAGGGAGGUGCGGCAGCCGCCGCACGCCCGCACUGCUCCGCGCCCCCUCUUUGCUCCACCACGUAGCCUCCUCCUCCCCGCCCACCUCUGGCGCAGCUUGUCGUAGUGGAGAGCAAGGUCUUCAUGGCGGGGUGGAGCUGCAACGGAGGGAAGGAUGCUGGACGGAUCCGGCGCCUGUAGGCUGAAGCAGCAGGAGUUGGUGGAUUCGGCGGAUGCGGACGGGGUCGUUGACGGGGGCUGGGAGCUCGGGGGCGCCACGAGGAAUGGAAGGUUGAGUUCGUUCGACGGCCGGUGCAGCAGGAGCAAGGAGCCAACUGUGGUCAAUGGCUAACCUCUAUCUCCUCUCUCUCUCUAUGGUUGAGAAGAAGGCCAAAUAGACGAAGAAGAAUUUGGCUCGAAAGUCUUGCCAAGGGUACGAUAAAAUUAGGCACAAUGGCAAGAUCUGUAGCAUCUACUGUGAACACAAAGCGGAGAAAAGGGAUUGCUUCCUCGUCCGAUUCAUGUUUCGGCAGUGCCGUGGGGGCUGUCGAGGUAAGCUCCAUUGACCCCCACCACGGCUUGCCCUUCCAAGCUUUCCUCCUCUCUGCCAUCCACGCGGCCAUCGGUGGUGCAGUAGGGGAGGCAACUCAGGUCAGGUGAGCAGCGGCAGAAAUCCACGGUGUGUUGCAAAGAACCAUGCUGAGGAUGGCUCGAUGCAAUAAGCCAUCAUCUCGACUGGGCCUGUGGCCCCAGCGGGAGAUGCCUAGGGCCGUGCCCAUCGACCAGGGCAGGGGGUGCCUACUAUGACAUGGACGAGUACACCAAACUGAUGUGAGCCGCCGCCAAUCCUAGCCCGUCGCCAAGCUCGUGAUGCUGGAGUGCUCCGCCCAAGUGUCUGAUCUAGGGGCCAAUUGGAAGGACAGGUUUCCUUCUUCACUUUACCAGACUUCAAAUGUACUAUCUAGCAGACUAGCACGUGUGCAUAUGAUGACUCCUUUUAUCUUUGAUGAAGGUAUUGGGAUUUCUUUAGGGGAAAUUGUAACAAUGUUGUUUGAAAUGGUGCUUCUCAAUUAUAGGUGGAAAGCCUGGCAUGGAGGCACAUAGGCUGCUGAUUAUGUUUCUGGAUUGGCCCUUGAGAAGGAGACCAAAGCAAACUUCAGCAGGAGUGUGUUCGAUAGAAUUGGCAAUGGGAUCGGGAGGUGGUGUCCAAGAAUUAUGUGGUUUGAUGGCACUAGGGGCAGGAGUGCUGAUUUAAUCAGACUAAGAAGAUGCCUAAAUAAGCUGUGAGGCUGCCUAUAUAUAAUUGUAUUUCUAAGUCAUUGUACUAUAUGUAAACCAAUUUAAGUCAUUCUACCAUCUGUAAUACAAUCCACAUUGCAUUAUCUUUCCAUCGAUA